AUGGGUCAGCUCUUCUCUAAUACAUCUAAGAAUGAAGACAAAGGAGAUUUGGUAUCCAGCUUUGAUACAUAUUUUAAAAACCUUAAAAUGGAAAACAAAAUUAUUUCUCAAGAAACCAUCGAUUUAAUAGAGUCAUAUCUGAACAAAGGAAACAUUCAUGAGACAAACUCUUUAAUCAGUGAUGCAUUAAAGAAUAUUGAUAAUGCCCCAAUAAAUAUUGCUGUGACAGGAGAGUCUGGAGGAGGGAAGUCCAGCUUCAUCAAUGCCCUGAUAGGGAUUGGACCUGAAGACGAAGGUGCAGCUGAAGUUGGGGUAAUAGAGACAACUAUGAAGAGAACACCUUACAAACAUCCCAAAAUUAAAACUUUGACCGUAUGGGACCUGCCUGGAAUUGGAACUCAGAAAUUCCCACCAAAAGCUUAUCUGGAGGAAGUGAAAUUCAAAGAAUAUGAUUUUUUCGUUAUUGUUUCUGCCACACGUUUUACAAAACUUGAACUAGACCUUGCCCAAGCAAUCGGAAUUAUGAAAAAGAAUUACUAUUUUGUGAGAACCAAGGUGGACGUUGAUUUAGAAAAUGAAAAGAAAUCCAAACCACGUACUUUUGACAGAGAAAAGACCUUGAAGCAGAUCCGAAGUUAUUCUGUGAAUACCUUUAGUGACAAUAACGUGGCUGUACCGCCAAUUUUCUUGAUCUCUAACUAUGAUUUACCUAACUAUGAUUUUCCAGUCCUGACUAACACUCUGCUUAAGGAUCUAAAUGCUCAAAAGCGCCACAAUCUUAUGCUUUCCCUGCCUAGCAUUACAGAGGCAGCCAUUGACAGAAAGCACAAGGCCACACAGCAGUUUAUCUGGCUGGAAGCCUUCAAGGCUGGAGUUUUGGCAACUUUCCCUAUGGUAGGCAUCUUCAGGGAUAAUGAUGUAGAGAAGCUGACAGAGACUUUAAACCACUAUCGAAAACUCUUUGGAGUGGAUGAUGAAUCCCUGGAGAUUAUGGCUAAGGAUUUACAAGUACCUGUUGGAAAAGUAAAAGAAAUAAUUAAGUCUCCUCAUUUGUUGAAGACUAACACAGAGGAAACAUUAGGAGAAAGGCUUUUGAAAUAUUUAGAGAGAUUUGCAUCAGCUAAUGGUGGGCUCCUUGCUACAGGUCUUUACUUCAGGAAAACUUUUUGUUUACAAUUUUAUUUCCUUGACACAGUGGCUGAAGAUGCCAAAGUUCUCCUUCGAUGGACAUAUUCAAAAAACUAG